CUCGCGGCCGCGCCGCCAGACCGCGCUCUGCAGCCGCCCGCACCAUGCGUGCUCUUUCCCACACUCAUUUAAAGUAACCAAAUGCACUAAAGUUUUUUUUUCGAAACGCGCGACUUUAAAUACUUACAUUUAUGAAAGCGAACGAACUGUAGUUAUCAGUGCACAUUAUGGAUAAAUGUGAAAGUGCUCAGAGUGAACUUUCUAAUUUAAAUUAAGCUAUUGAAAUGUGGUCCCUGGUGCACACUUGGUGGUAUACAUGAGUAUAAGCGAUAAGGUAAUGCAAGGAGAGCUACAGAAAGUGUUGCUAGUUGCGACGCUAGCACUCGGGUCUGUGUUGGGCGAGAGCGUGUGCAAGCACCGGCAAACCUGGUGGGACCGGCAGCGGCAGGCGUGCGUGCCCUGCACGCCUUGCGACCGCGCCAGGAACCUUGUCAUCCGCUACCCUUGCGAGGUCUACCGCGACACCGUCUGCCAGACUUUACACAUUGUAGACAAUGAUACCCAGGACAGUGAAAGUGAUUAUGAAUAUUAUGAUUCGGACGUGGAAGUGAGUGAGAGUGAGCCGUGGGACCUGCAGACGUCGACGUUGGCUCUGGCCGUGAGCGGGUGUGUGGUGUUCUUUGUGGUGGUGCUCUCGUUGUGGCUGUACCAUGCGAAACAGAUGAGGAUAAUUAAACGAGCACUUGAGUCAGAUAUGCAGGAGUUUUCCGCGAAACUAAGGCUAAUGGAGGCAGGCGACGCGCCGGCGGAGCCGGUGGCGCCCACGGACCACCACAUAUACUGCAACAUCCACGUCGGGAAGGACGCUCUACUUGGUCGGACGUCGACAAAGAAAAGCAACGUCUACACACAAGAGAAGCACUAGUGUCUAGCGUGGAUGCCACCGACCGAUAUUGUACAACAAUAAUAAGUCACUUUCAUGGAAGAACAUGGAACCUCGCACAUCAAUUAGAAGAUAAAAUAUUUUGAUAGAAAUGAGAGUUAACAGUUCAAAUAAAAAUCAGUAUAGUUUUUUAA